AUGUAAACAGACUUGUAGAACAAUAUUUUCCAUAUUUUCUCCAACUUCGAACUUCUGUAAGUUUACAUAACAGCAGCCCUAGAUUCUUCUGAAAAUGUCGGUUAUCAAGUACAUCGGACGAACAACUGAUUUCAAAGGAAAAACACUAUGGGAGAUAGUAGGUAAUCUAAAAAACUUUGGUGUUGGUCGCGUGGUAGUAAGAAGCAUGUUCGAACGUUACCCGGAACCCAGUUACAUGCGUAUCCUGAAAGUUGAGGCCCUUCCAAAUGAUGAAACUCGCAAGGUGAAGGUUACGAUGGAAAAAACAUUUCGUGGACGCACGUACCCAAAGCCGGUUGUGAUCGAAAGUGCUUCGUACAAAGCCGACUACCGACUGUUGCACAAACAUGAGGAGGAACCCUACUGUCGAGUGAUUGAACAGCAGGAAGAGAAAGUCAUUCCUCUCGAAAUUGAUAUGCCUCCGUUGUUACGAGAAUUUGUUGAAAAAGAAUCUGGCAAAAGCAAUCCAACGAUUGCAAUUAAAAUGAAGCCUGGUCACAACAAUCACUACCGGCUAGCACGGGAGGGUGAGAAAGCGAAUGUAGAAGUCGGAAUGGGACUAGGUAAACCAGUCACUCCUAAAUAUUAUGAAAAUUGUAGCUAAGGUAAAAGAGGAAUAAAUCCAUGUUAGUGAUAAGAG